AAAGGGUGACGUUCAUGAUCAUAUAGUAUUUUUGAGGUUGCAUAUUUUGAAACAACAGAUGUCUUCGAGCCCUCAAGUAGAACAAGCAGCUUCCUCCUCUACUCUUGAGCAACCAGCAGCCAAGAAACGGAAGCUUGCAUCAAACUCUUCUCCAACCACCACAAGUCCCCCUCUCAAUAACAACAAUAUUAGCGGAAACGCCAACAGCGAAGUCGACGCUGUUGAUACGACCAGCUGCAGCAACGACGCUGUUAGUAGUGGUGGUGACAAGAAAGAGUCAGCUGUUGUUGAUAGUACAAUAGUAUCGUCGUCUUGCUCUAUUGUUUCGUUAAGUGGCGAAAACGCAGCCGGCUCAUUCGUUUCAACAACGGGCCAUGAGAGUAGUGGCAGCAGCGGCGGCAUUAUUAGUACAUCGUCAGCAGUGGAUAAAGAAAGCAAAGUAAUAAAAAGUGGUGACCAGAAAAAUUCCUCGUGCAUUGCUGAGCAACAAAAAGAAGAAAAUUCCUCUUCCUCGGUAGUGGACUCCAAUACAACGACAACAAAACAAAGAGCUACUAACGCUAAAAACUCAACAGUCUCCUCGACAACCAAUAGUACCACCACCACAACAACCACAAACUCCAGUAACAACACGGCAGUAACAAUGGCUUCGAAUUCCCAAAAUGCUGGUGGUUCAUCCACUGGCAAUGAUAUCGAUGAAUCUUUGUACUCGCGCCAAUUAUAUGUAUUGGGUCAUGAUGCUAUGCGUCGCAUGGCCAACUCGGACAUUUUAUUAUCCGGUUUGAAUGGCCUGGGCUUGGAGAUUGCUAAAAAUGUCAUCCUGGGUGGUGUGAAAUCCAUCACUUUACAUGACACCGAUAAUUGCACAACAAAUGACUUCUCGUCACAAUUCUAUCUGUCCGAGUCAGAUAUUGGUAAAAAUCGUGCUGAAGCAUCGUGCAACAAAUUGUCGGAAUUGAACAAUUAUGUUCGCACCAAAACACAUACAGGCGAAUUAACUGAAGAUUUCAUCAAACAAUUCCGUGUCAUCGUUUUAACGAACGCCAGUGAUGCCGAACAACAUCGCAUUGCUAAAAUUACCCACGCCAACAAUAUUGCAUUGAUUAUUGCCGAGACAUGUGGUCUUUUUGCCAAGAUCUUUUGUGAUUUUGGCGAAAACUUUACCAUCCACGAUCAGGAUGGUGCCCAACCUGUUUCGACCAUGAUUGCCAGUGUAACACGUGACUCGCAGGGCGUUGUCACCUGUUUGGAUGAGACUCGUCAUGGUUUGAACGAUGACGAUUAUGUGACAUUUUCGGAAGUACAGGGUAUGACGGAAUUGAACGGUUGUGCGCCUCUUAAAAUUACUGUUUUGGGUCCGUACACCUUUAGCAUCGGUGAUACCAGUAAAUUCGGUGAUUAUAUUACUGGUGGCAUAGUCACACAAGUUAAAAUGCCCAAGACCAUCAGUUUCAAGUCUUUGGAAGUGGCCGAGAAGGAACCCCAGUUUAUUACAUCGGAUUUUGCUAAAUUUGAACAUCCUGCAACAUUGCAUGUUGCUUUCAAGGCAUUGCAACAAUACAGAGAAGCAAAUGGUGGCAAAUCACCGCGCCCUUGGAGUGAAGAAGAGGCUCAGAAAUUCUUGCAAUUGUGCAAAUCAAUUGAUGAAAAUGUAAUGGAGAGUUUAGUGCUCACUUUUGCAAAGAUUUGCUCAGGUAAUACCUGUCCCAUGGAUGCUUCCAUUGGUGGUUUAGUGGCCCAGGAAGUCUUAAAGGCCUGCAGUGGUAAAUUUACACCCAUCUAUCAGUGGCUGUACUACGACGCUAUUGAAUGUUUGCCCGAUGGUGGUGUUGAGGAGGCUGAUGCUCAACCAAUUGGCUCCAGAUACGAUUCCCAAAUUGCCAUAUUCGGCAAGAAAUUCCAAGAGAAAUUGGGUGAUAUCAAGUACUUCAUUGUUGGUGCUGGAGCUAUUGGUUGUGAAUUGAUUAAGAACUUUGCCAUGAUUGGUGCCGGCAUACGCAAUGGCCAACUGUUCAUUACUGAUAUGGAUCUCAUUGAAAAAUCGAAUUUGAAUCGUCAGUUCCUCUUCCGCCCGAAAGAUGUUCAAAAGCCUAAAGCUCAAACAGCUGCCGCUGCCAUCAAGCAAAUGAAUCCCGAUGCUAAGAUUACCGCCUACGAACUGCGUGUUGGUCCCGAGACCGAGAAGGUAUUUUCGGAGGAUUUCUUUGGCAAAUUGGAUGGUGUAACAAAUGCUUUGGACAAUGUUGACGCUCGUAUUUAUAUGGAUCGCAAAUGCGUUUUCAAUCGCAUUCCCUUGGUAGAGUCUGGUACUCUGGGCACCAUGGGUAAUGUGCAGGUGAUUGUACCCUUCUUAACUGAAUCGUACAGUUCAUCUCAAGAUCCCCCCGAGAAGAGUAUACCCAUAUGUACUUUAAAGAACUUCCCCAAUGCUAUUGAACACACUUUGCAAUGGGCUCGUGACUGUUUUGAGGGCAUCUUCACACAGACAGCUGAAAAUGCUGCCCUCUAUGUGACAGAUCCCAACUUUAUUGAACGUACUCUGAAAUUGUCAGGAGUACAACCCUUGGAACUUUUAGAAUCUGUUAAGAAAGCAUUAAUCGAUGACAAGCCUAAAGAUUUCGCUGAUUGCGUGAAAUGGGCUCGUUUUUAUUGGGAGGAACAGUAUGCCAAUCAAAUUAAACAGUUGCUGUUCAAUUUCCCCCAAGACCAAGUCACCUCCAGUGGAGCUCCCUUCUGGUCUGGUCCCAAACGUUGCCCCGUUCCUUUGGUAUUUGAUGUCAACGAACCCUUGCACUUGGAUUAUGUUUUUGCUACAGCCAAUCUACGCGCUGAAGUCUAUGGCAUACCACAAGUUCGUGAUCGUGAGGCAGUUUCCUGUCUGGUACAGCAAAUUUCGGUGCCCGAUUUUAAACCACGUUCUGGUGUUAAGAUAGAAACCAAUGAAGCUGCUGCGGCCGAAGCUAACCAUCACGACUCUUCGGAAGUCGAUCAAGACCGCGUUAAUAAGAUACUCAACGAAUUGCAAUCAUUGGAGAAGGCUAGUUUGAGAAUUAACCCGUGUCAGUUUGAAAAGGAUGAUGACAAUAACUUACACAUGGACUUUAUAGUGGCCGCCUCAAAUCUUAGAGCUGCCAAUUAUAAAAUUCCACCUGCUGAUCGCCACAAGUCCAAGUUAAUUGCCGGUAAAAUUAUGCCAGCCAUUGCUACCACAACCUCCAUGGUAUCUGGUUGGGCUGUACUGGAAGUCAUUAAACUAAUUAUGGGACAUAAAGAUCUUUCAAAAUUCAAAAACGGGUUUGCCAAUUUGGCUUUGCCAUUCAUUGCCUUCUCUGAACCACUACAAGCUCCUAAGAACACUUUCUAUGGCAAGGAAUGGACAUUAUGGGAUCGUUUCGAAGUCACUGGUGAAUUGACUCUGCAAGAGUUCUUAGAUUACUUUGAGCAGAAGGAAAAACUUAAAAUCACCAUGCUGUCGGCCGGCGUCUCAAUGCUGUUCUCAUUCUUCAUGCCCAAAGCCAAGUGCGCCGAACGUCUGCCUCUGCCCAUGUCUGAAGUGGUACGCCGUGUCUCCAAGAGACGUAUUGAGUCCCAUGAGCGUUCUUUGGUCUUUGAAAUCUGUUGCAACGACGAGGAUGGCGAGGAUGUUGAAGUACCCUAUGUGCGGUACACUUUGCCCUAAAGGCAUGCAUAUAUAAAUAACAUUAACAUACUAAACAUCAACACAACAAACACAAUCCCCAAUAAACAAUAACAAAACAACAUUGUUCUCCACUACAUAUUAUUUUGAAAAAAGAUUUCCUUUUGGCAGUAUAACUGAAAUUCUUAUAAUUUUAUUUUUUAUAUACAAACAUAAACAAUGAGAGACAAAAAAGAAAAACGUUAAAUAAAUAAAAAAAACAAAAUGAAAUUAAAUAAUAAAAAUAA